UCUUCGAACUACGGUGCCCGGGAGGUAGGGACGGAGUAGCAUCCCUGGGAUCCAUGGUCCACUUGGAUACAGAGCGUGAAGGCGGGGCGGCUUCAACGGGACUCCUGGGCCGAUAAAAACGUGAAUCUUUUUAAAUGAAGAAAGUUUGAAAAAGUAAGCCUUAAUGUGCUGUGAGGUCUCUACAAACUCUGAGUCACUAACUUUUGAGCACAGACCAGAUGAUCACAAAUUGUGAGGCAGAGUAUUUCAAAAUUAAUAAUUCCAUUUUAGGAAACUACAUUGAUAGUAAAACUGAUUGUUUUACUACUGAAAUGGAGCACUUGAGAGAUGAUCUACUACAAACCAUUUAUACCACAAAUGAGAUUACUGUGACCCAGAAAAGGUGAAUUCAAGAAAGGCCACCAGCACAUUGGAAAGACCCCUCUAUGAUGAAUUUAUGGGAGGACUGAACAGUCAGGAUGAGCAGGCCUGGACAGAUUGUAAUUUAUGUUAUUGGAGGAAUCAAUGUGGUCACAGAUCUCUUGCAGUACCUAACUCAUAGAAUUGAGAAUCAGAUGCAAGUAAAGUACUUUGUAAACUUUAAAAUGCUCUAGAAAUGUAUAUUUGAAGGAAUAUUCUGCUUGUGUCUAGGUUGGAGAUACUACAAUUAUUCAAGAAAAUUGAGAACAAACAAAUAACAUCUUGGGGAAAAAUGGAAGCUUCCUAUCAAGUUUUAGAACAGUUAUAUAAGAAGAUGCUUCUUGGAGCUCCACUUGAAAGUGACAGCCAAAAAUAUGCGUUUUAUCUCAAUCUACCUUUUUCAGCCCAAGAGUUAUCCACGUCAAAUUUCCUUAAGUGGCCAUGUGUUCAUCAUGGUAAUCAAGCUAGUUCUGUCAACAUGGAUGCCGUUUCCACUCCUGUAACAUCAAUAAAUUUGAAAAUGAAUUUUCAAGUUAAUAAUCCCAGAGAUAUAAUGCUACUUCAAUUAACAGUCAUCAAGAUGAUGAUAACCAAAAUACUAUCUAAAAAAAUGGAAUUCGGUAUAAAAGAGAAGUAUAGUGAUAUAAUUGAAAUUCUUUUAAAGCCAUAUGAACUGGAAUCUAAAUUAAUCACCAUGUUCCACGGUUCUGAUAAGUUGUUAUCUCAUAUGGCUGCAAAGUGUCUUGCCUCACUAUUGUAUUUACAACUAAGAGAAAAGGCUGUAGUAAAUAAAACAUGGACAGCUUUUUGUUUAAAAACUCUUUCUGACUACCCUGAAAGUAAUACAGCCUCAUAUUGUCUCUGGAUUCUUACAGCUGUAAUAAAAGAAAUAUUGAAGGCUACAUGUUUACAGAAAGCAGAAAUAUUGAAGCAGUUUUUGACAUCUUUUGAUUUUCUUUUUGAAGUCUUUUACUGUUCAGUUUUUUCUCAGCAUUUUGAAAACUAUGAAGAUACAUCACUAAAUCCUAAAAUUACAAAUUUCUUGAUUUGUUUUCUGGAGUUGCUUGAAAUUCUUAUAGCCUCCAGAAUUCACUUGAAGUUAUAUCUCACUUGCCAGAGAAUUUUUUAUUUGAAAAUAUUUUGUGCUUUGGACAUUAUUACCUGGCCUGUUCACUCUUUAGUCAAAAAGAAGUUCAUCAUCCUUAUUAAAAGAUGUCUGCUACAUAAAGUGGGUGAGGAUGUCCUAAAUACUUCACGUUCCACUUUAAUUGAACAAGAUCCUUAUUUAGAUAUGGACAUGUUAGCUUUAGGUAAUGCUUUUUUGCAAGCUGUGAAUUUGGGAUGGUUGAAGCAGUUAUCUGUUACUGGAAAACCCAGCCAUUUUGGAGGCAAUGAAGUUCAACCUGGAAAUAAAAGUGUUGUUGUCCCUGACCUCAUUGUCGUCAGAGCAUCAAGUUUGGUUUUACUGAAAUCCUUAGAAAUCAAGGUGGAUAAUUGUAUGUCAGCAAAUGAAGUAAAAGCUGAAUUACAGAAAUUCAUGUCUGAGUUAUUGACCUUCUUAAAACAGCACCUUCAUUCCUCCCUGAAAUUGCAUCAUCACUGUGAAUGGCUCCCUAAAAUCUUUAUAGAACAAGACGAUGACAUGUUGGAAGCUGCAAAAGCAUCAUUAAGCAUUUAUCUAAAGCUUACUAGAGCAUGGAAUGAAGCUGCUAAGGGCAUGACCCAAGAAAAAGAAACUUGGGACCAUCAGACACAUGAAAAUGGCUUUAAUCCUCACUGUAUUUUCUUAUUUCUCUUAAAAAAUAUUGGGUUUGAUGCAACAGUUCUCCUUGACUUUUUAAUUUCAUCAGAAACUUGCUUUCUUGAAUACUUUGUUAGGUAUUUAAAACUGCUUCAAGGAGAGAGAAACAAUUUUUCAAAAGUUUGUAAGUUAUUUGAUACAACAGAAUUAAGAGAUGAGGUGUAUAUUUCUAGUAUUGUCACUUCACAUGUUGAAGAAAGAAGCAGCAACCAAGCUACUCACCAGCCUCUCUUCUGUGGUACAAAUUAUUAUGCUCUUUUACCCUUGGCUUCUGACCCUACUACUUCUGGGACAAAUAUGGAACAGAAAGACAACCAAACUGUGAAAUCGAAGCAACCCAACUUCGUAAUAGGCAUUGAUAAUACAUCUUCAUCAGGAACCUCUCAAAGCCUAGUCGAUUAUGACAGCUCAGAAGAUUCUGAAGAGGAGUCAGUGGAAGAAUGUUUAUCAAACAUUAAACAGACUCCUUUAAACCAUCAAGUCAUUACAAGGAUAAGGGAAACUGUCAGUGUGACUGGAAAAAAGAACCAGAGUUACCUAGCAUCUACGACUGGAGAAAAGAACCAGAGUUACCUCGCAUCUACUGCCAGGCUUCUAGAUCCAAAAGAGUCUUCUACUUUGUCAUCUUUUGGUUGUGAAGCAGCCUCCCAAAGUAUUGCCUCCCAAACUGUAAUAUCUUGUAAAACAUUUAAAUGCUUGAAAGAGCUAGAAAAGGCAAUUUCCCGUUUGCAUAGGAGACAUCUUUUUCCGUAUAAUCCUUCGGCAUUAUUGAAAUUGUUAAAACACAUUGAUACAAUAAAUAAGAAUAAAUAAAAAUCAGCUGUUUUUUUACCCUUGAAA